AUGGAAAAGGUCAAUUUUUUAUCUAGAAUCUACAUAUACUAUCAGGGUAUAUACUAUAAUUUGUUAAGCAGCUUUAUAUACGGGCGUCGCUAUAUUAAGAAUACACCUGCACCUCGUUAUACAAAGAAGGAUAUUUUCAUUAUCUGUUUCUAUAUUGUUUGUUGGCUAUGUAUAUCACUAUUUAUUCCUCUAUGUGGUAUAACUUUAACUUUUGCGAUUUCUCCCAAUAUGAUAGAUUUGAUGCCAGCUAUAAAUAGUAGCGAUUACUUUACUAUCUCAAACCCAUUGACUAAGACAACUAUAACUAACAAUUUAGUUGGUUUUAAAUCAUCUUUCUCAUUUUUACUAGAUAUAAGUAGGGUUGACUAUUUAUUUCUUAUCGAAGUAGAAGUUAAUAGUGCCGAUAUUGCAUACUUGGGACCAGUUCCUAUAGAUACAGCUACAGGUAAGAUAUCAUGUAAUACAAGAACUAUACCUUAUUUAUUUACAGAUGUAACAACACUUGAUUACAUCCCAAUACCAAAAUCCAUGGUAGAUCUUUCAUGUACGGAGGAUUACAAAAGUUGUAUAGUUGGCUUUACAAUAUCCCCCUAUUUAUUGAUCCCCUUGUAUACAGAAGAGUCUUUUAAAAAUGACUUAAUAGCCGGUCAUUCAAAUUUCGUGACUAAAAUCCACUUUAUAAAUUCUAAAUUACCUAAAAACUUUAUCUCUAGAGACUUAGGCUUUAGAUAUAUAAAGUUUUCACUACCUAUUCAAACAAAAUAA